CACCCUCUAUACAUAUACAAUAUAAAAACACGAGAGGAUGGCGCGUUUUCAUUUUAUACAAUUCAAUUGGAAUUAUUGUUAAACGUUUAUAGACGGGUAUUGUAUGUAUCGUGCAUAAGACAAGCAUCGUUCUCCACAAUUUCUGCUUUACGAGUGUUUAGAGACGAUCGAUCCAUUCAUCAAGCUAACAACUCGGGAUCCAAACAGAUACUAUAAACGUCAUAUCGGUGAUGAAGUGGAGUGGGUUGUUGCCAUAGAUGCUUAUCCUUCGCCUGAACUAAAAUGGACGAAUACACAUGGCGACGAAAUUACAACGAGUUCGUCGACACCUGAGGAAUCUAAAUUUUCCAUUGAUGUCACGUAUGGCAAACAGAUGCUGAGAAUCAGUCGGUUGGAUCUGAAUGACAUAGGGAUAUAUUCUAUCCAGGCUAAGAAUCAAUAUAAAAACGAAUCACUGAACUUUACGUUGGACGUAUUAGCUGAACCAAAAGUGUACAUGAGCAAAUCGAGCUCAUACUACUUCCCUAAUCAGGUGAUAAAGGUGGAAUGCUAUGUGCGAGCGUUCCCGAAGCCGAAUAUCACCUGGAGUUAUCGCAAGUGUCUUAAUUAUCCUUCUUGCGACGAUGGUACCCUGAAGUACCUAACGAACUCCAAGGAAAACGGAACCGUGACCGAUCUGCUCUCUACAGUAUGGACGACGAUUGAAAUGUCUGGCGAGCUUACUUGCAGGGCGUGCAACAUUGUUGGCUGCGGAAAUGUGACCGAGAACGUGUCUGUUUCCGAUGAAGUCGGGGAAUUCGGUAUCAUUCGUACGAUGGACCCAGUGGCAGAGGGUGACGAAUGGGAGUUGAUCUGCGCCGCUUCGAUUCGCAAUUAUUUUGACAACUUUGUUUGGAGCAGCGAAAAUGGUCCAAUUAUACAAUCUGAUAGAGUCUCAAUCGACCGAGGGACCACGCAAUUCGCGUAUAGAUCAAUUUUGAAGAUACACAACGUGAAAAUGGAGGACUCACAGCUGUAUAUCUGUAGAGUGAAGUCCACGGGUUAUUUGACCCGGUCUACUGGAUAUCGCUUGGAAGUGAAGGUUGCAUGGGCACCUAUUAUUAUCGAUACCAAUUUGAAGAAAGGCGAGAUAAUCAUUGAUGUUGGUACACGAGGUAGCCAGAGACUAGAUAUUCACUGUUUCGCAGAUGGUAUGCCUAAACCGAGUAUCAGUUGGUUUAAGGACGGUAGACAGUUGGUAAUUAGCAAUGAAAAAUACAAGUUUUCCAAUAGUUCCCAAAAGCUAGAAUUGGAAUAUCCUUUGGAAAUCGACAGCGGCGAGUACGUAUGUCGAGCGGAGAAUCGAAUUGGAAAAGCAGAAGUUUCCCAACGAAUAACGAUAAAAGGACUCGGAGUUGUAAGUAACAGACCCGAAGGUCUGAUCAUUUUAGUUGUCACGUUGGCAGUGGUCGUUCUGAUCCUGGUGAUCUACGUCGCCCUUAAGGUUCGCCGCGAUAAGAUAAACAGAAGGAAAUUAGUGGAAGCUGCCCUUUCGCACUUCGAGGAGGGCGCUGUCGGAAGUUUGAAUCCGGAUUUGACAGUGGACGAUCAGGCAGAUCUGCUUCCUUAUGAUAGGCAAUGGGAAUUUCCCAGAGAGAAGUUGAAAUUAGGAAAAUGUCUGGGAAGCGGCGCGUUCGGCGUUGUCUUGAAAGCAGAAGCUGUGGGCAUUUGCAAAGGCGAGUCGGUUAGUACUGUAGCGGUGAAAAUGGUCCGCCGUGGUUCCAAUUAUUUGCAUAUCUCUGCACUUGCCAGCGAACUCAAGAUCAUGGUACAUCUCGGCAAACACCUGAACGUUGUCAACCUUCUUGGUGCUUGUACAAAAAAUAUCUUGAAACAUGAAUUGUUAGUAAUCGUAGAAUUCUGCCGAUUUGGAAACCUGCACAAUUACUUGUUGAGACAUAGAAGCAGCUUUAUCAAUCAGAUCGACCCAACGACUGGCAAAUUAGAUCUCAGUAUCAGCUCAUUAACGAGAACUGCCAGACCCUGCAGCACUAACAGGGUAAAAUCAACGGAAUUGCCAUCUUCUGUUAAUAUCAACCAUAAUUCGGACUCUCAUUGGGUGCAGUGUCGCGCCACAGCUACAGAUUCCCAGGCAGUCGAUGUGUUGGCAAAUGGUCCCGUAGUUAAUAACGGUCCCACCCAACCUGGUUGGUCCAAUUGCCGUGGAGACUACAAGGACUCCAAUUUAAAACCGAUUUGCACGGAGGAUCUGUUGUCUUGGGCGUUCCAAGUAGCCCGUGGAAUGGAAUAUCUCAGCCAGAGAAGGAUACUGCACGGUGACCUGGCCGCUAGAAAUAUCCUGCUGGCCGACGACAAUGUGGUGAAGAUAUGCGACUUCGGUCUGGCCAAGAGCAUGUACAAAGAAGAGAUUUACAGAAAGAGAAGUGACUGUCCAUUGCCCAUUAAGUGGCUGGCCAUCGAAACGAUGAGAGAUCGAAUUUUCUCCACUCAAUCGGACGUUUGGUCGUUCGGCAUAGUGCUGUGGGAGUUCUUCACGCUGGCUGAGACUCCGUAUCCUGGAGUGGAAACGGAGAUACUGUACCAGAAGCUGAUCGAGGGUUACAGAAUGGAGCAGCCUGAAUAUGCCAUCCCCGAAGUGUACGACAUAAUGUGCCAGUGUUGGAAGGCCAAGCCUGCUCUACGCCCGAGUUUCACGGAGCUGGUCGACAGUGUAGGAAAUUUGUUGGAGGAUAAUGUGAGGGCGCACUACAUCGAAUUAAAUGCCCCAUACCUCGACAUGAACAGGGCUCUGCAGAAGGGUGGAAGGAACGAUUACCUGACGAUGACCUCUGCUCCCGACUACGUGAUGCUUUCUUCGCCGACCCACGAUUGCGCGAAUUCCCCCGGAUCUGGAAUCACGACGAACUCUGGCCACUUGUGCACGAGUCCCACGAAUGCUGAGGAAACGUCGCUUAUGCUGAAUAAGGACGAGGAAGCUCCUUAUCCGGGACCCGUCAAUGUUCACGAGCGGGGUGCAGAUCUUGCUGAAAACAGGGGAACGGUGACGAAUCAGGUGGUGCAUCCGGAUCGGAGUUCCGACUCAACAGCGAUCACUAAGAUUCGUAUUAUUUACGAAGGCAGUAGUUUAACGAUUGAAUGCUUCGCCGACACGGACAUUUUCUUCAUUUAUCCCACUAACCGAAUACGUGAUUCCAAUACAGUAUUUUCGUAUACGUCGACCAUCGAAAUAAGCAAAAGCCAAUAUGAAAAUGGUACCUACUGGCAUAGGUUUUAUCGACCGAAGACAGUGUUCGGGGACACCGGUUGGUAUGGUUGCUCAACGAAACCCUUUCUGGGCACCAGAGAUGAUUAUCUCGAUCCUGAAAUCGACUGGACUUACACCUACGUCGAGUCUAAAACAAUUCGAUUUGUGGAACUAGCGGAGUCACAUAAUUUAGAGACAACUGUAGGCGAAAACAUUGUCGUGCCGUGUAGACCAACGUCGCCAACAGCGAAAGUCAAGCUUAAAGAGCCCCCCGAAUUUAGUCAUUUUGCAUUCAUCCGACCCACUUUCGAUCCACAAUUUGGAUUUACACUGCACAAAGUCGACAUGUUCCGAAGCGGGUUGUACAUAUGCACCAUCGAACCUGAUCAAGAGGUCUCUUAUAAUGUAGCUGUAACGAGGGAGAUUAAAAUUCCCGAACCAAGAAUUGUUAAUAAUAGUGGUUUGCAGCUCUUAAACAAGGGCGAAACACUAUAUCUGGAGUGCGCGGUGGUUAUUCCGUGGAAUGAAGACUACCAUAUCUUUUGGAUUCCAAUGCAACAAAGCGGCAGAAUCACUAUCUCGAUCAAUAAAGUUACCAAUGUGUAUGAAGACAUUGAGAAAAUAGCUUCAUUGAGGGUCACAAACGUGACCUACAACGACGAAGGUAUUUACGAAUGCAGAGUAAAGGGGGAGAUACAUGAGAAGAAUUCGCGGACGUAUGUCCAGGUGCAUGGUACACGAGUGCCUAUUAUUACCGAUACGAACUUGAAGAAAGACGAAAUAAAUAUCGACGUCACCACCGGAGGUAGCGAGACAGUAGAGUUUCACUGUUUUGCGGAUGGUAUGCCGAAGCCAAGCGUCACAUGGUUUAAGGACGGUACACAGUUGGUAGUCGGUAACGAAAAAUACAAGUUUUCCGAUAACUCUCAAAAACUUGAACUGAAUCAUCCAUCGGAAGUGCACAGCGGCGAGUACACGUGUCGAGCGGCGAAUCGAUUUGGGAAAGUAGAAGCUUCUCAACGAAUAACGAUAAAAGGGCUCAGAAUAUUCACGGUUCAGAACAUUUUACUUGUCGUGUUAGCGGUGGUCGUUUUGAUCCUGGUGAUCUACUUCGCCGUCAAGAUUCGCCGUGAUAAGAUAAUGAGAAAGGAAUUAACGAAGGCUGGUCUGAUGCACUUCGAGGAGGGAGCUGUCGGGAGUUUGAAUCCGGACUUGACAGUAGACGAUCAGGCAGAUCUUCUCCCUUAUGAUAAGAAAUGGGAAUUUCCAAAAGAAAAGCUGAAAUUAGGAAAACAAAUAGGAAGCGGCGCGUUCGGUGUAGUCGUAAAAGCGAAAGCUGUGGGCAUUUGCGAAGGCGAGGCAACUACUACUGUAGCGGUGAAAAUGGUCCGCGGUGCUCCUAAUAUUUUCUAUACCUGUGCACUUGCCAGCGAACUCAAGAUCAUGGUACAUCUCGGCAAACAUCUGAACGUAGUCAACCUUCUUGGUGCUUACACAAAAAAUAUCUUGAAACAUGAAUUGUUAGUGAUCGUGGAAUUCUGUCGAUUUGGAAAUUUGCACAAUUACUUGUUGAAGCACAGAAGCAACUUUGUCAAUCAGAUCGAUCCAACAACUGGCAUAUUAGAUCUCAGCAUCGGCCUCGACCUACUGAAGCAAACUGGCGAUGUCUGCACCACUAACAGGGUAAAAUCUGUGAAAUCGUCACUUUCUGUCAGUAACAACCGCAAUUCGGACUCUGAUUCGGUGCACUGCCAGGCCGCAAUUAAAAAUUCCCUAGGAGUCGGUAUGUCUGCAGAUCAUCCAGUAAUUAAUAGCGAUUCCACCCAAUCUGGAUGGUCUGACUGUCGGGGAGACUACAAGGACUCUAAUUUAAAACCAAUUUACACGGAGGAUCUGUUGUCCUGGGCGUUCCAAGUAGCUCGUGGAAUGGAAUAUCUCAGCCAGAGAAGGAUACUGCACGGUGACCUGGCCGCUAGAAAUAUCCUGCUGGCCGAUAACAAUGUAGUGAAGAUAUGCGACUUCGGCCUGGCCAAGAGCAUGUACAAAGAAGAAAUUUACGAAAAGAAAAGUGACUGUCCAUUGCCCAUUAAAUGGUUGUCCAUCGAAACUAUGAGAGAUCGAAUUUUCUCCACUCAAUCGGACAUUUGGUCGUUCGGCAUAGUGCUAUGGGAGUUCUUCACAUUGGCAGAGACUCCGUAUCCUGGAAUGGAAACGGAGAUAGUGUACCAAAAGCUGAUCGAGGGUUACAGAAUGGAGCAGCCAGAAUAUGCCACGCCCGAAGUGUACGACAUAAUGUGUCAGUGUUGGAAGGCCGAGCCUUCUCUACGGCCGAGUUUCACGGAUCUAGUCAACAGUGUAGGAAAAUUGUUGGAGGACAAUGUAAGAACGCACUACAUCGAAUUAAACGUGCCAUACCUCGACGUGAACAGAGCUCUGUUGGAGGACGGGAAGCAAGAUUACCUGACGAUGUUCUCUGCUCCGGACCACGCCGUUCCUUCUACAUCGACUCACGAUUGCGCGAAUUCCCCCGCAUCUGGAACCACGGCGAGCUCUGACUUCUUGAGCAUGAGUCUCAAGGAUGCUGUGGACGCAUCGCCUAUGCUGAAGGAGGAGGAGGAAGAACCCUAUUUGGAACCUAUNUGA